AGCAGAGGGAUCUCCAGCAGCUGAGGACUGAGCUGAGCUGUAGCCGGGCGGAAAACGCCGAGGGAACUACCGCGACUGUCAUUGUCGGGGCGGCGGCGUUGACUCCCCUGUAACCGGAGGAAAUGGUGUUGCUGACAAUGAUCGCCCGGGUGGCGGACGGGCUCCCGCUGGCGGCCUCCAUGCAGGAGGACGAGCAGUCUGGUCGGGAUCUUCAACAAUACCAGAGCCAGGCCAAGCAACUUUUUCGCAAAUUGAAUGAACAGUCUCCUACAAGAUGUACCUUGGAAGCAGGAGCCAUGACUUUUCACUACAUUAUUGAGCAGGGAGUGUGUUACCUGGUUUUGUGUGAAGCUGCUUUCCCCAAAAAGUUGGCAUUUGCUUACCUUGAAGAGUUGCACUCUGAAUUUGAUGAACAACAUGGAAAGAAAGUGCCCACUGUCUCCAGACCCUACUCCUUCAUUGAAUUUGAUACCUACAUUCAGAAAACCAAAAAAUUGUACAUUGAUAGCCGUGCUCGGAGGAACCUGGGCUCCAUCAACACUGAAUUACAGGAUGUACAGAGAAUCAUGGUGGCUAACAUUGAAGAAGUCUUACAGCGAGGGGAAGCACUCUCAGCAUUGGAUUCCAAAGCCAACAAUUUGUCCAGUUUGUCCAAGAAAUACCGUCAGGAUGCGAAGUAUUUGAACAUGCGUUCUACCUACGCUAAACUGGCAGCAGUUGCUGUGUUUUUUAUCAUGUUGAUAGUGUAUGUACGAUUCUGGUGGCUUUGAGCAGGUUAAUGCCAUCCCUGGCAGGGGAGAGCCUGAAACAUGGCAGGUGUAUGUUUGCAGGACGCUGAGCGCACAGAGCUGUGCAUUAGGAUUCAAAUGCAACUUGUGACUCCGGGGACCUAGAAAGAAAGGAAGUGUCCAGAAUGCCAUAGGCCACCCCUCAUUUAGUGAAGCAUAACCCUCUAAAAGAAAGUCUUGUUGGGGACUAAAGACUUUCUCUGGGUGGCAAACCAUAUGUGUUAGGGAACAGUAGACUUUUGCCCCCUCCCUGUGUUCUGAACCCUUAGGCAGCAUUGACUAAGGCAUUCCCUUUCUGGAAUGGAGCUGUCAAUGAGAUUCUCAAUAACCAACCUGUACUGGCACCAUCUUGUUCCUUCUUUUAGAGAGGGCAGCCCUAAUGGAAACUGUUGAGCGCCAAUGAAUAUUCCUCAUGUGGGUAAUGUUUGUUUUUUUCUGGAAUUUGGAUCUUCAAUGGCCACUCAAGCAAGACUCCUGUAUGUGAAGGCUGAUUUCUGUACAUAUAUUAAUGUCUUCUCCCAGCCCCCCGUGAAAAGUUAACUUUUUGUUGUUUUCCUUUUCCUUUUGCUUAUUGCACAAUUGCUUUGGGGUUAAAUGAAUAUUAAAUUGAGAUGCCUUGAAAUUAUGAUGUAUCCCCUCCCUGAUUAGGAAGGUAUCAGGCUUUUUCUAUAAUGUAAUCUUAAAACAUAAAAUUUAAACUAUUUUGGGAAGUUCUUCAUUUCCUUCCUUAAUAUCUUCCUUUUGUAUGACACGGGGAAUAUUAGUAUCUGAAAACAAUUAAUGACUAGAGGCUCAGCACACACUUGAGUUCCUCUUUUUCUUCCAUUUGUUGAGUUUUUACUCUCCCCUUCCCCAUGUAUAUUUCUAUAAUGGGGAGGGGGUGCAGAGGCAGAAAAGGUUGCUUUGAUCAACAGUCUUAAGCUUCAUGACCAACAUUUUCAGGUAUAAUCUAGAUUAUAAAAUAGAAAAUAUUCAGAUACGUAGGAAAUCAAUUUUUGGUUUCAGUUUUUCUGUUUUAUUACAAAUAUUUUUAACCAAGGAAGUCUGUAUCAGUGUUCCUCCUGUUUAUGAGUGCUUUCUAAGAAAGUUACCUUUCUAAGGAUAGAAAUCUCAUUUACUGUAUUUUUUAAUAGCUGAUAGAAUGAAAUCUGACUUCAUGUCCACUUCUCUCCCACUUCUAGAAUGAUAGAAAUAUCCUUUUACUUUUGGAGCUGGCAUUUUUGGAAUAGAGAGAAUUAGUGUGCAUAAGGACAGAGACAGGGUAAGGAAAGAUCUCAUGCAGUCUAUCUAGUACCUCCUGCCCAUAGAUUCAAUACUGUAUGAGAAAAGGUAGAACAAGAUUAAUUCGUUUCAUCCUCAGCACCUUAAAAAUUAUUUUAGCUUAAUAAAUCUAGUAGGUGUGGCUUUCUAACUACAAAGGGUCAUCCAAGGUACAAAACCCUGUUUCCUGAUUGAAAAUUGGCAGGGGAUCAGUUUCUUAUAUAAAGACGAAGAGAUUUAAUUUAUCUCUCCUAAUUUACUUAGAACCUUCUGAGAAAACCAUUCAAUAUUCUGGCCUCAGAUCAAGAUGGCUAGUUUUUUUUUUUUUUUGAAUAGUCAAAAGUUAACCUUUGUAGAUAGAAAUAGUCUCUCAAAAUCUUGUCUAUACACAGCUAAAUGUCCCAGCCAUGUAGGUCUAUGAAAAACUGAAGAUUAAACCCAAUGUGGCUUCCUAAGAUUUGGUGCCAUUCUGGAGUGGACAGUGUGGCAGCUUGAUGACAGUCAAAUGCUGCCACCUGAGGGUUAGCAGUGAAAUAAACUUCUUCUAAGAACA